CCACCAUGUGUUGCUCUUCCACCAGGAUCAGUGUUUAUCAGCUGGGACUUUGUUCGUCAUGGUUCUGUUUGAGUUCAGUGAGUUCUGACUGUGCUCUGUCCCAGCUAUGGUUCCACAGGUCUGCGGUGCUGCAGUCCGGUUCUCAGUCGGGGUUCUUCCCUCCAGCAGAAGGCGUCAUGUUGCCGACAGGAAGCUUCAGCAACAGAGUGGCAUUCAUCACAGGAGGUGGGACGGGCCUGGGCCGUGCAAUGACCACCACGCUGUCACAGCUGGGAGCUCAGUGCGUCAUCGCCAGCAGGAAGUUGGAUGUUCUGCAGCAGACGGCCGAUGAGAUCAGCAGCCAGACUGGAAACAAGGUCCAUGUGGUUCAGUGUGAUGUCAGAGACCCUCAGGCCGUCUCUCGUUGUGUCGACCAGAUGGAGAGUCUGACAGGACUUCCUGAUGUGAUCAUCAACAAUGCAGCAGGAAACUUUGUGUGUCCAUCAGAACGUCUCUCACCCAACGGCUGGAAGAGCAUCACAGACAUCGUCCUGAAUGGGACGGCAUAUGUGACUCUGGAGCUGGGAAAGAGACUGAUCCAGAGUCAGAAAGGUCAGAGACUGAUCCAGAGUCAGAAAG